CACUCUCUCUUUCCUGUUCCAUGGAGGCGUUGCAGGCGCUGCCACGCCAUGAGCUUCGGCAAGAGCUCCUCAGGUGCUGCCAUUCCAACGCGUGGGCGGACGCAGUUUUGGGCAGGAUGCCUUUCAAGUCCGAGGAGGAAGCUCAAGCGGCGAUGGAUGAUUGCUGGGCCAAGCUAUCGCCAGCGGAUUACUUGGAGGCGGUCGCGGCGCACCCGGCCAUCGGAGACAAGCAGGCGUUGCGGGACAAGUUCGCCCCUUCGAGGUCCGGGUGGGAAGACAAAGAACAAGCGGCAGCAGCAGGGGCGAGCGAGGCCGUCCUAGACGAGCUCUCCGAGCUGAACGAGGAAUACCGACAAAAGAAUGGUUUCGUUUUUCUUGUCUGCGCCUCGGGCAUGCCUGCAGACGCAAUUCUGGCCCUCCUGAAGGCGCGCUUGCCUAACGACAGGGAUACAGAGAUUCGAAACGCAGUCGAAGAACAACGCAAGAUCACUCAGCUUCGGUUUGCUCGACUCCUCAUGGAAAUCUCACCUCCUGCCAUCGCUGGGGGGGGCAGCGAUACAAAUAAAAGGUCAACACCCUCUGGUGGUUCGCGACUGUAGAAUAUCAUUCCUCUGUUAUUUUUUUUUUCUCGGUUGGCGGAUUCACGAGACUUUGUUCCCGCACGCCGUUUCUAUCCACACAUUUCACACGAACAGGUAUCUUGUACAGGGUGGCGGGGGCUAUGUUCUAGGCAGCAUAACAGUAUUCGCGUGUGUUUUUGAUGUCCUAUGAAUUGUGCCACGGUUCCAAACAACCCUGUUCGAGUAUCAAACAUGCUCGGGCAAGUUCCUGCUUUCGUGUACUCUGUAUGAUUUAUCGCCGUGGUUGGUGUAAAGAAACCUAGGGCAGAGGAACAAAGGCGCUGCUGGUGGUGACAGUGCUAGAGGGAUGGCGCGUGCUUCUCGGUUGAAUGUUUUGUCUAUAUAUCCGGGGAUGAUUCAAUGUUGGUUGGAUUAUCGUGUUCUUCCUUGAAGUUAGCAAGCAACGUUUUUGUAUCAUGUUUUUGGCCCUCCUUUCAUCGAUGUAUCUGCACGCACUUGCACCGUUCCGGCUGUGCUGCCGUCGCAGAUGAGACGAAAUACGUUCGAUGCCAAAGGCUGCCGCGGCUGAGUUUCGUACCUAAUAUUCUUCUCAAUAGCCGAGGAAUUGUUCUCUCCAGACCGCGUGGAUGACCUCUUGCUAGUGCGUCAGGUUAUUGUUCCCUCCAGUUCGGGUUAGAUAUAUUUAUGCUUGAACAUAAAUCCGACGAAACUAUGUAUGUUUGCUCGAAUUUCAAUCGCUUUUGCGGAUAACCUCUGGAGAAACCAAUACACCGUCAGCCGUCCUUUUUUUGGCGCUGUUGGCGUAACGUUCCGGUGUUUGUUGUGCCUUGGUCGUAGAUAGAUGCACAUUCGCCGCACCAGCAUCAGGCACCAAUAAGGAAAAUCUCAGGGUUCGCGCGCCGCGCAUUUGGCGGUGGUUGUCUUGUCGCUUGCUCUGCGC